CUCUCUCUCUCUCUCUCUCUCUCUCUCUCUCUCUCUCUCUCUCUCUCUCUCUCUCUCUCUCGCUGUCUCUUAGAUUCGAUGUAUCUCUAUUGCUCUCUCGUCAUCACCGAGCCAGCCAUCCCUCUUCUGCCGUGUUUCUUUCUAAUGGGAUAAUUGACAAACAGACCCACAGCCGCCGAGGUGGACGCGGACGGGACGCGGAGAAAGUUUGGGUGUUCGGUGUCCGUCGGCCGGAAGGACUGGAGUGAACAAUAAGAUGAGGAGAAGAGAACUUGGAGGCAUUUAAGACAAUCUUUCCAAGAGGAGAUCUAAGAGAACUUUGCCAUGGGGGAAGGAUCGGCCACCUCGCUCCUUGAUAUGGAACAGGGGAAGGCAGUGUGUGCAGGAUGCAACUGUCCCAUCCGAGACAAGUUCCUGCUCCGAGUCAACGGAGGGCUGUGGCACGAGGCGUGCGUGAGGUGCACGAUGUGCGGAUGCUCGCUGAAGAACACUUGUUUUCUGCGAGACCACAAACUUUACUGCAAACGGGACUACGUCGACCUGUUUGCGGUGCGCUGUGCCGGCUGUGCGGAGGCCGUCUCCCCGGUGGACCUGGUGAUGCGGGCGGGGCUGGCCGUGUUCCACCUGCGCUGCUUCGCCUGCAGCGCCUGCUCCGGCCGCCUGCAAACUGGCGACCGCUGCGUGCUCCGGGACGGGCGACUGCUGUGCUCCCGGGACGGGUACCACCGGGGCCGGGCCAGCCCUGCCCGCUCUGACACAGAUAAGAGUGAUGAGGAGGAGGAGGUGGAGGAGGAGGAAGAGGAGGAAGAGGAGGAGGAGGAGAAGAAGUUGGUGGAGAAGGUGGCUGGCCGGCCCAGCAGGAGAGAGGAGCUGGAGAGCAGCAAGCGUCCCAAGAGGCCCCGUACCAUCCUGACCACGCAGCAGAGACGAGCCUUCAAGGCCUCCUUCGAGGUGUCUUCGAAGCCCUGCAGAAAGGUGAGGGAGACCUUGGCUUCCGAGACAGGACUCAGCGUUCGGGUCGUUCAAGUCUGGUUCCAGAACCAGAGAGCCAAGAUGAAGAAGCUGGCCCGGAGGCAGCAGCAGCAGCACGACCAGCAGGCUCAGAAGCAGCAAGUGGACCAACCCUCACAUGGUACCGACACCGUCAUGUCCCUGAAAGUGCCCCCCUGUGGUGACUCGACCCCCAUCCAGGACCUGCUGGGACCCUCCUCCUUCCACCACUACCACCAACCCCAUCAUCACCAUCCUCAAUCUCAUCCUCAUCAUCAUCAUCAUCAUCAUCAUCAUCAGCUUCACCCACAUCAUCUUCAUCAUCAUCCUCAUCAGGAGCAGCCCCUAGGACUCACCGGGCUGGACCCCCAUGGCUUCGACCUGGACCCCUUCAGGCAGGGUCUCACCCCGCCCCAGAUGCCUGGCGACCACAUGAACCCUUAUGGUCUGUACAGUGACGCGACGGAGGGGGAACUCCUGUGUCCGCUGACCGACAACCACUGCCUCUCCCUGGGGGCCUCCUCCGUCCUCACCCCCAUCGACCGCCUCUGCUCCAUGCAGGACUCCUACUUCACCGCCUGAGAGCCACAGCGACGUCCACGUGGCUCGGCCGCCCCUAGCAGAGGCUGCUGGCCUGCUCCUCUGUGGGACCAUAAGGACCUCUGUUGGACCAUAGUUUACCACCGAGGGAUGGUAAACUGUACAAUGACCUCACCCUCUCCCCUCAUUGGACCAUGGGACAGAAAGGAUUGUAGAUCGGCAAUGGUUGCAACGAGGGAAUUUACGGGUGGACUGGAUAAGCACAUCUGCAAUUGCAUGAUUGUAUUCAGAACCCCCCCCCCCCCCCCC